CAGUCUACCCAGCACCAGAGCAGAGAGAUGCGCUCUUUGACAGCACCGCAGCAAAGAAAUUCGCUCAGCUCCGCUCCCAGUCCGGGGAAAGCUUAGCCCAGACCGCUCUCUUACCGCGAUGGGUUAGAGGGGACAUGGCAAACUUUGACACACUUUGCCUGACACAGGGGAAUCAUGCCCGGACAUCCAUGCUGCCGAGUGGCUCAGCAAAGAGCACAAUAACAGACAAGUGAGAGAGGAGGAAAGAGGAAGGGAGCUGAUCCUAUUUCUGACUAUUUCUGUUUCGCUUUGGCUUUGAGAGAUGAUCACGGAGCUGCUGUGCACCGCCGUGGCUGUGGGUCUCUAUCUGAACACGCUAGACGCAGAUUUCUGCUACGAUGACAGUCGAGCCAUCAAGACAAACCAGGACCUUCUACCAGAGACCCCGUGGACCAACAUCCUGUAUGAUGACUUCUGGGGGACCCUGCUCACCCACAGCGGCAGCCACAAAUCAUUCCGCCCACUCUGCACCCUCUCCUUCCGACUCAACUACACUCUGCACGGCCUGAAUCCUUGGGGUUACCACUUGUUGAACAUCAUGCUCCAUGGCCUGGUCACGGCCCUGGUCACGGCCCUCAGUCACUCGCUGCUCGGCAGGGGGCUGUGGAGCCUUUUAGCCGGGCUCCUUUUCGCCUCUCAUCCGGUGCACACUGAAGCGGUCGCUGGUGUAGUUGGGAGGGCGGAUGUUGGUGCUGCUUUGUUUUUCCUGCUGUCUCUUCUCUGCUAUGUGAGACACUGUGGGCUACGAGGUGACAAAUGGAAGGCCUUUCAGAGGAGGACAUGUGGCGGCAGCUCUACUACCAGAUGCUGGGGCUGGAUGUUGGGCAGCCUGUGGUGUGCAGCUGCCAGCAUGUUGUGGAAGGAGCAGGGUGUGACCGUGCUGGCUGUGUUGGCUGUGUAUGACCUCUUUGUGUUCCAGAAGCUCCGCUUUCGUCAGGCACUUCUGCUCCUAUUAGGAAAGAAAAAGAACCUAAGUGUUUUGCUGAGUCUCUGCACGUUGGCCUGCUGGGGAGGGAUUUUGCUGUCAGCCCGCCUCUACUGGAUGGGAAACAAACCUCCAAACUUCUCCAACUCAGACAACCCAGCAGCUGAUUCCCCACAUUUUCUCACUCGGACACUAACAUUCCUAUACUUGCCUGCUGCCAACGCCUGGCUCCUGCUCUGCCCCGAAAAGCUCAGCUUUGACUGGUCCAUGGAUGCUGUGCCCUUGGUCAGGUCCCUGGCCAACUGGAGGAACCUUCACACUGUUACCUUUUAUUGCGGAUUGAUCCUCUUGGCUUUGUUUGGCCUCCGAGGUUCUGUUUUUGCAGCGAGGGAGACCAAUGGGAAAGCCCAUGUAACAAAUGGAAAAUCUAUCACUAAUGGGAAUGGUUACCAUGCCCCUGACACAAACCAAAACACAGACCUAGGGUUGCCAAAACCCACCCUGAAUGGGUCCGCUGUACUUCACCACUGUUACUCACAGACAUCCCUGCCCCCCACAGAAAGCUUAGUUGUAUUUUCACUGGGCAUGUUAGCAUUGCCUUUUAUCCCAGCCGCAAACUUAUUCUUUUAUGUGGGUUUUGUAAUUGCAGAGAGGGUACUAUAUAUUCCCAGUAUAGGCUAUUGCAUACUAGUUGCAACAGGUGCACGAACCUUGUAUGUCAGACUGAGGACUAAAGCCUGCAAGGCUAUAAUGUUGUGUCUUUGCAUCGGACUUGUGCUACUGAAUGGGCUCAAAACAGUUCAAAGGAACAAAGACUGGAGCAAUGAAGAAAAUCUCUACAAGUCUGGGAUCCAUGUGAACCCUGCAAAAGCCUGGGGAAACCUGGGUAAUGUACUGAAGAACCAGGGCAAGAUGGCGGAGGCGGAAAAGGCUUACCGAAAUGCUCUUCACUACCGAGGGAACAUGGCUGACAUGCUGUAUAACCUGGGUUUGCUGCUGCAGGAGAAUGAACGUUUUUCUGAGGCGCUGCAUUAUUACAAGCUUGCCAUUGGGAGUCGACCAACUUUGGCGUCAGCUUACUUGAACACAGGAAUAAUCCUGAUGAACCAGGGAAACCUAGAAGAGGCCAAGCGCACCUUCCUCACUUGUGCUGACAUUCCGGAUGAGAACUUGAAGGAUCCUCAUGCCCACAAGAGUUCUGUCACCAGCUGCCUGUACAACUUGGGGAAGCUGCUUCAUGAGCAUGGCCAGCAGGAGGAGGCUCUGUCUGUUUAUAAAGAAGCUGUGCAGAAAAUGCCAAAACAGUUUGCACCACACAGCCUUUUCAACAUGAUGGGAGAGGCCUACAUGAGGCUGAAUAGGCUGGAGGAGGCUGGCUAUUGGUACAGAGAGUCCCUCAAAGCCAAACCUGACCACAUCCCUGCCCAUCUCACCUAUGGCAAACUUUUGUCAAUCAUUGGUGAAAAGAGUGAAGCAGAGAAAUAUUACCUGAGAGCAAUUCAGCUAGAUCCAACUAAAGGAAACUGCUACAUGCACUAUGGUCAGUUCCUGUUGGAGCAAUACCGACCUAAAGAAGCUGCAGAGAUGGCUGAGAGAGCUGCGGAGCUGGACUUCGAUGAAUUUGAUGUGGUCUUCAAUGCUGCUCACAUGCUAAGACAGGCCAGUCUAAAUGAGGCAGCAGAGCGGCAGUAUGAACGUGCAGCCAGCCUCAGACCAGAUUACCCAGCUGCUCUGAUGAACCUUGGCGCCAUCCUUCAUCUAAAUGGGAAGCUUCCCGAGGCAGAAGCUAACUAUCUGCGUGCUCUUGUGCUCAAACCUGAUGAUGCUAUUACCCAAUCCAACCUGGGCAAGCUGUGGAAUAUCAUGAAGCGGCAGGGGCUCAGGACGAAGCAAAAAGCAGACCCCUAAACUGAGAAGACUGCUGUCUUGUUCGUUUGCAGAUUUCAAAUCAUGGAGCAGACUAGGAACAAAGCUCUCAGUCCAGUGAAAGAAAAUAUGAGGCUUGGUGUGUUUGAGGUUUGAUGGCAAACUUCUGCAUUACACCACUGUGUCCAUUUGGUGGCUCAGACUACUAAAUAUGAAUCUGAUGGCUUCUUUUACCACAAAUGUGAUACAGCUUCUGUUAAAGGAGACAAAAAUGGAAAGAUGCACCGAGAAAUUGGCUAGGGACCAGAUCCGAUCAGUGAUGUCAAAAACUCAAAAAUUCUAUUUUUUUCCAACCAGUAAACAAGGCAUAAGGAAGCACUAACAACAACACACUAUUAGGUCUGGAAGGUGUUAGUGGGGGAAGAGGGAGGAAUUAGAAGAAGCACAAAAGUUGUAGGAAACUAUUUCAAAUGAAAGAGACAGAGACCUCAGCAGAUAAUAGGAAGGUUGGACAGAAUACAGAGAUUUUAUCUAUUUGAGGUGUACUUUUAUUGUCACGGAACAUGCUGGGUAAGAAAUGUUGACAGCCUCUUUGAAAUCUCAUAGUUAAGGUAAAGAUCGACAUUCUCUAGGGCAGUGGUUCUCAAUCUUUUUAUAGGUACCACCUCAGAAAAUAAUAGACAUAUUAAAACAGUAACACAACAUGACUUAAACUUUUUUUAGUUUGUUGUGUUUUGUCUGUAAGGCACUGAAUGUUUGGUUGAUGGUUCAAGUUUCUUAUCAACACUGACUAUAAAAUCCAACAUGGCUGCUGUGUGUUUAAAACAUUGUGAUACUCUCAGAAAUUAGCAGGCUAGUUGAAGUUCUGAAAGUAUGUCACGGUGUCAUUAAAUAUUUCCCACACUUUUGUACUGCACAGUCCCUGUUAGUGAAGAUGUACCUUUAGUGUUGGAAUUGAAAUGCAAAGAAUUACAUAGUUAUUAGUUUAUAUUGCUAAUAGUGGUUAUCUUCACACUGAGCACAACAGUUAGAUUUGAUAUUUUUCUCAGAUCCAUGUUUCAACUUGGAUCUAAUGUAAGCCAUCAUUUGAUCUGAUGUAAGCCUUUAAUAGAAAAGUGAUGGACAGAACCAGAGGGAAAAUUAGUUAAAAGAAAAACAACAUAAAAAAAUAAAGCACUAAGAACCCAAUAUGUUCUAAACUAUACCAACAUCAGCAUUGGAUUAAUGAAAGAAAAUAUAUUUUUGCCAAAGAACUGUGCUUUCUUUGCUCUUUUCAAGUGUUUAUAUGUUUAUUUAUUUGGUUCCUUUGCACAUAUUAAUUUAAUGCUUCCUAAAAGAGUAACAAUUUUUUAGACUUAUCUUAGCACUAAGGACUACUACUACACUACUACACAUAUUCGACAUAAAGAAAUUAGGAAAUUCAUAUAUAUCUGUACAUCUAUAUAUAGAUGUAUAUAGAUAUAUAUCUAUAUACAUCUAUAUAUAUAUAUAUAUAUAUAUAUAUACA